AUUUACCGGAAGUUAUUGUUAGACAUGCGCAUUAAAGAAAUUCCAGUGUAAAUCUUGAUAUAAUUGUUUUGGUGUUAAAAAAGUAAAUCAUUAACCGAUCUUCAAGAUGUCAGACGCAGAUGGAGAGAUUCUGGCAAAGAUUCAUUACUACUGUAGAGAGCAGUAUUUCUGUCACAUGGAAGCUGCUGCUGAUGAAGGCCUCAAGAAGUUUUCUAAUGACAGUGUUCUCAAGUUUUUCAGAGCCUAUGCCAUGGUCUUGCAAGAUCGUGUUCAGGAAGGUAUAAGAGAAUUAGAAAUCCUCAAAGAUAAAAGAGAUGUUAAUCUUUGUUCAACUAUGGCCCUCAUGCUGGCACACAAGAAAGGAAAUUCUGUUGAUAGAGAAGCUGUCACAGAGCUUGAUGCUAAAUUGAAAGAGGAACGAAAACAAUCAGGAGAAAUGGGGCUGUAUUAUGCAGGUUUGUUUUUGUUUUUCACUGGGAAACAUGAUAAAGCAAGAGAGUAUAUUGACAGAAUGCUGAAAAUGAAUGGAGAUAAUAUUGAGGGUUUAGUGUUGAAAGGAUGGAUAGAACUGAUGAGCGGUCGUGAGGUGAAGAAAGCUUCCAAAUUCUUUGAUGAUGCUCAAAGCAAAGACAGUGGAGGAAGGAAUAUAGAUGGUUUGUUUGGCAAGUCCAAGUAUUACGAAGCAAAGCACAAUUACAGUGGUGCAUUAGAGAGUAUUAACCAGAUAAUAGUUCAUUAUUCUAACUUUAUACCUGCUCUAGUUGAGAAGAUGAGACUUCAACUAUGUUUACAGGACUGGGAGGCUACCAUAGAAACAUCACAGAGAGCACUAGGUGUGGAUAUGCAUUGUUUAGAGGCUAUGAGAUAUCAAGCUCUUCAUCUCCUAUGUAGAGAAGGAAACUACCCAGAGGCUGCGAGUAAAUUAGGAGACAUUAUUACAACCAUGGACAGAUUUGAGUCAAAGAAUGCAUUUUUAUAUUACAAUAUGGCUCAAGUGUUCUGUAGAAUGUGUGGCAGGAACUCCCUGGUGUUACAACAAACAUACACACUGAUGGAGCGAGCAGUAAGUCUUAGUAGUGGUAACUCGGACUAUAUCACAGAGCUGGGAUUCCAACUCUUGUUACAGGGGAAAGUUAAAGAUGCCAUGAGAUGUUACAAGAAUGCCAUGAAAAUUGAUGAAACCAGCGUGUCAGCCCUUACAGGUAUAAUUCGUUGUCAGUUAAUGGAGGAUCAGCUAGAAGAUGCUGCACAACAGUUAGAAUUCCUGGGAGAAAUACAACAAAGUAUUGGAACAUCUGCUGAUUUACUGUAUUUGAGUGCUGUAUUGUCAAUGAAGAGGAAUAAAGGACCAGAAAAAUGCCUGGAUGAACUUAACAAGGCAAUAGAAACACACUUCAAAUCUCUUAAGGGAUACCCUCUAGGUAUACAGUACUAUAUGAUACUCAACCCAGAUUUCUGUCUCCAGAUCAUUAAAGAUUACCUUCUGUUUGCCCCACAAACGCCAUUAUCAAAUGGUGGCAAGCCUGUAGGGCCGGGCCAAGUUGUGAAUCCAGUGUUAAAGAAGUGUAACCAGGUGCUGGAUCCCCUUACUAGAGCUGUACCCGGUCUUCUAGAAGCUUUGUAUCUCAUGGGCAAAGUGAAAUAUCUCUCUGGAGAUGUAGAUGCAGCCCAGUCUACAUUGCAACACUGUAUUGAUGUAGAACCAACCUACUCUGAUGGUCAUAUACUGAUGGCACAGAUACAUCUACAACAAAAUAACUUUAAAUUAGCCAACCAAUCUCUCGAAGUUGGCCUCAGUCACAAUUUUGAGGUUAGGGACCAUCCCCUAUAUCACCUGAUCAAAGCCAGGAUCCAGAAGAAACAAGGAGACAAUGAGGAGGCUGUCCGCACACUACAGAUGGCCAUGUCACUUCCUGGUAUCAAAGGUAACAAACCUGGUUCUGCAGCUUCUAGACGUCCAGCAAAGACCACUAUCGGUGUUAAUGACAGGGUUUCUGUCUAUCUAGAAUUAGCUGAAGCUCACAGGUUGCUAGGUAACCAGCAUGAAGCAGCUAAGAUUAUGCAAGACGCCAUCAAUGACUUCCAUGGUACGCCGGAGGAAGUGAGAAUCACCAUAUCUAACGCUGACCUCUCCAUCUCCCGCGGUGACAUCGAGAGUGCUAUAACUAUGUUACGUAACAUUGGACCUAAUCAGCCAUACUUCGUACAGGCUCGGGAGAAAAUGGCCGAUAUCUAUCUACACCAUAGGAAAGAUAAGAAGUUGUAUGCUAGUUGUUAUAGAGAGCUGGUGGAUAAAAAUCCAAGUCCUCAUACCUGUCUGUUGCUAGGAGAUGCUUACAUGAGUAUUCAGGAGCCGGAGAAAGCCAUUGAGGUGUAUGAAUCUGCAUUGAAGAAAAAUCCUAAAGACGGAACAUUAGCCAGUAAAAUUGGUCAAGCUCUAGUGAAAACACACAACUAUGGCAAGGCCAUUAAUUACUAUGAGGCAGCUCUAAGAUCUGGUGGACAGAGCUUCUUGAGAUAUGAUCUAGCUGAAUUGUUGUUAAAGUUAAGACAGUAUGACAAGGCAGAGAAAGUUUUGAAAGUUGCCCUUGAAGAGGAACAGAAUGGUGAGUUAGAUAUAAUGAUGGAUCAUACAAAGUACAUGGUGUUGUUAGCUAAGGUAUAUGAGAAGUCUGACAGACUAGAAGAUGCCAUGCUGUCAUUGACAAAAGCCAGGGAAAUGCAGGCUAGAGUGCUUAAGAGAGUACAGUUGGAACAGCCAGAUGCUGUCACCGCACAGAAACAACUUGCUGCAGAUAUAUGUUGUCAGAUGGCAGUACACACUAACAAUCAGAGAGACUAUGAUAAAGCUAUCACAUACUACAAGGAGGCUCUUGUCUAUAAUGAAAAUGAUGGAAAGAUAAUGUUGGAUGUAGCUGGGCUAUAUUUAGCAACAGGAGACUUGGAUGCUUGCCAACAUCAACUGAUGACACUUCUGAAAAAUGACAAAGAAAAUGACUCUGCUACUAUUAUGUUGGCAGAUUUGAUGUUCAGGAAGAAUGAAUAUGACUCUGCUAUGUUCCAUUUCCAGCAGUUACUACAAUAUAAAGCUGAUAAUUAUGAGGCAUUAUCAAGACUUGUAGAUCUGAUGAGAAGAGCUGGAAAGUUAGAAGAGGUUCCAAAAUUCUUAGAGUUGGCAGAAAAUGCCUCACCUAGAGCUAAAGUAGAGGCAGGCUUUAAUUACUGCAAGGGUCUAUUUGAAUGGUACACAGGGAACCCAACAUCUGCAUUAAAGUUGUUUAACAUGGCAAGGAAGGACUCAGACUGGGGUAAUCUUGCUACGUACAACAUGGUGGAGAUAUGUUUAAAUCCUGAUAAUGACACAAUUGGUGGCGAGGCUUUUGAAAGUGUUGAAGGUGACUCAAAUAGUACUAGUGAGAGUAGAGAAAAGGCUGACAGUGAACAAAUGGCUGUUAGAACUGCUGAAAAAUUACUCAAGGAAUUGAAACCAAAGCCAGGAGAGCAGAGGCCAAAAUACCUUGAGAACAUGGCACUGAUAGCCACCAAACAGAAGGGAAAUGUGGAGAAAGCUCUAAGUAACUUCAUGGAAAUGGCGUCAGAUGAGCGAGAGAAAAAGUCAAAGACACGAGAGAAUGUAAGUGCAUUGUAUGGUAUGGCAGCUGCUUAUAUGGUAUUAAAACAGACACCAAGAGCUAGAAACCAGCUUAAACGAGUAGCUAAGAGUAAUUGGACAAUGCAGGAUGCAGAAGAUCUUGAGAAAUCAUGGCUAUUGUUAGCAGAUAUUUAUAUUCAGUCUGGUAAAUAUGACAUGUCAACAGAGUUACUGAAGAGGGUGCUUCAACAUAAUAAGUCAUGUUGUAAAGGCUAUGAGUACCAGGGAUUUAUCAUGGAGAAAGAACAGUCGUAUAAAGAUGCUGCCAUGAGUUACGAGAACGCCUGGAAAUAUGGAAACAAAAAUAACCCUGUUAUAGGUUAUAAACUAGCAUUUAACUACCUGAAGGCAAAACGAAAUGUAGAUGCUAUAGAUAUAUGUCAUCAUGUACUGGGAAGUCAUCCAAACUAUCCAAAAAUCAAGAAAGAAAUCCUGGAUAAAGCCAGACAAAGUCUACGAGUAUGAUUGUGGCAUUUUAAUACAGCUGAACUGUACCAUAAUGUAACAUUGUGUCACAAGAGGUGAAGCUAACAGUAACAGGAAGUG